UGCCCCGGCGACGAGGGGCCGCCGUGCGGCGGCUGGAUCAUGGCGGCGUCUGUGGGGACGACUCCCGGGGGGACGACCCCCGCGGGGAUGACUCCGGCGGGAACCACGCCCGAGUCGGAGAAAGAUACUGAAUUCCAGGAGCGUGAAAAGAUUCUGUGUCCAGAUUUUCUUUCAGUUGCCCAGAUCACCGAAAUGCUAGCAGAGGAUGUAGAUGGAGUUCAACAGAAACUGGAAAAGUUUUUGAAUUUCAGAAAUCUUCAAACCUGUUUAAAGGAAGCCAGUCUACUAGAUUAUUAUGUAUCUGGAUUUUUGUGGGCAAGAGGAAUGGACUUUUCUAUUAUUCAAUAUUCAAAAUUUAUGACCUUACUGGAUAUGUUACUUCAUAAUCUUAGAACACUGCAUAUGUCCUUAGAAGACAGCAUAAAAUGGCUCAGAGAAGUUAUGGCUGAAAUAGGACCAUCCCAUUCACAAAAAAAUGAGGAAUGGAAUAUCUUUGAUGUAAAACAAGCCAAUGCUGUUGUUGAUUACUUGAAAAUCAGCUUAUUUCAACACUACAAGCUAUAUGAGUUUCUGUUCUUCUCUGCCAGGGAAGAAACUGUGAUAGGAACUGAGCAAGUGAUAGAGGUUGUGAAGCCUGCAGGUCACCCUUUCCCUGAUCCUCUAGAAGAAGGAAUCUCAUUUGAUAUUUUCUCAACAUUCAUAGAGCCACCUCCAAUACUGGAUAUGGAAAUGAAGGGGUUGAAUCAAGAACAAGGCCCUGAAGAGUCCCAGCCAGAAGCUGACACUUCAGAGACUGAUCCAUUAGUUGGUUUCACCAUUGAAGAUAUAAAAUUGGUGCUGGGUCAAGUCACAGAUGACAUUUCAAUCAGCAUUCAGACCAAGAUAAACGAAAAGCUGCAAAUACAGGAAGAGGCCUUUAAUGCACGAAUAGAAAAAUUGAAAAAGGCCUGAGGGCUCCAAACAAGGAGAGUGAUGCUAAACUUCACAGAAACAAACAAAACCAGCCAGAAUAAUAGACUCUCUAGAGCACCAGAUCGCUUUCAUUUAGCUGGGACAGGAAAACCAAGCCCCACUUUUUAUUAUCCUAACUAAUUAGAAAAGUAUUGGCCCCAAUUUUGCUACCUCCUGUCCCAUAACAGCCUCUGAAUUUAUUACACUGUGUGUAACAAGAACAUUUUGUAUAUAAGAGUUUGGAGAAUUAUACAUAAAGAUACAAUUACUUUUACAAUACUCCUUUGACAUUUUGAUUAGUAAAUGUUAAUCAUCUUCAAGGAGAAUGAAGUCAACCUUUUAAAAUAAAGAAAAAUAAUAAUAAUUUUAUCCGUAUUGACCCAAAUGAACUGCCACAUUGCUGAAGCUUUGUGAACAUAGACCAACACCACACUGCUGAGGAUAAAACUUGCUAAACAAUAGCAAUUCAAAUGCAUAUACUAGGGGUUUUUUCCUCCUUAAAUCAGUUGGUUUUCUUAUUUAAAUGUUUCAGUGUGAAACCAAUUUUCUGAAAUUAUAUAAUGCAGUUUGAAGCACUUUAAUUUAUUCUGUACUGUAUUUGUUAUUUCUAAUCUUGUUACUCUCCCAGGAGAAUACAUGACCUAUAUAAAAAGAAGCAAUGUAUAAAUGGUUAUUAAAGACCAACCUAUAUAUAGAUUGUAAAAAUCUUAAAUACAAAUCAAACUCACAGAGCUCUUAAAAUUAACCAUUAUAUUGCAGUAGAAUGAUUGAAAACAUCUCAAGCCUUUAAAUACCUUUAUUAAAAUAUAAUUUCAAAAGAAAAUAUCCAUUUGCUGACUGAUUGUCCCUAGUUGGACAAACUAAAUUAACUACUACCUCGGUCCUUUCCCAAUUUCUGAGACUUCUGAGUAUUCUAGAGGGUAGAGCCUUGCUAGGAGGGGACCAUUCCUCCAAGAAGUUUCCAGUUUAUACCGGAACCAGAUGUACUUGCAUCUGGGUGGCACUUGGUCGAAUAUGUUCUGUCGGUGCUCUGGCCUUGUGCUAUAACCUUACCUACUUACUCUAUCUGUACCAAAGGGAUUUGCCCAAAAUGUAUUCAUCUGGGGCCGAGACAGAUCCGGCAGCAUUUGAUAUUUUUUAAACUACACUGAUCAUCAAAAUAAGAGAAGUCCUUAAGAUGAAACCGUGUUUACUGUUCGUGCAGUUCCGAGUCUGGAAGGCCGGGAGAUGUGCCGAGGUGUCUCUUCCUUGAGCUGCCCUUCCUAACUGAAAAUGCCGAUGGCCAUAGGAGAUCGCUAGGAGGGCUCACAAGCCUCAAUUUCGCCAAGCAGUCUUUUUCCAGAGAAAAUAGAGGUGAAACUAGAGAAACCACAAAUAGGGAAUAAAAUAGCUUCUCGAAAUCACCAAACACAGCUUCAAAUGCAAUCGUUGGCACAGAGUGGACCUCCAUUUCUAAUAAAGAGUUCUUAUUUUGAGCAAGGGUACCAAGAGUUUAAAACUGAAUAAAAAAUAGCAGUAAGAUCCCUAAAAACUACACAAAGACAAUAUCCUAUAAGCAUGCGGAAAGCCUGCCUCUGGAGUAAGACUCCCAGGGUCUGAUGGUAGGGUAGCUUCACCUGACUUGUGUGUGACCUUGGACAGGGUGUUCACCCUCUAAUUGCUCAUCUAUUAAAUGAGGAUAAUACUUAUUUUUGAGGUAGUUAUGAGAACUCAAUAAAUUCGUUAUAAAGGA